AUGUCAGAUCAUCGCAACAAGAUCAUCAAGAAAGGCAGCGAACCAUCAGAAUUCGAGUACCACGUAGCUCAGGCUCUUGGUGAAAUCGAGGCCUCUGCAAGUGAUCUUAAAGGUGAGCUGAAAGAUGUGUUUAUUACAGGUGCCAGCGAGUUCGAAGGAAAGUUCAGAGGAGCAGUUCGACAAGCUGUCAUUAUAAUGUUCCAUUACAGAUCUCUUGCAGCUGUCAGAAAGAUUUACGCUCGCUUAUUGGGGGAACUUGAAAAACGAUUUAGCAGACCAGUGGCUAUUAUUUUUAGCCGAACUAUCUUACCCAAGUAUCUUAAAUCUAAGGGACAGCAAAAACGACCUUAUUCAAGGACUUUGACAAGUGUGCACGAAGCUAUUUUGGACGAUCUUGUAUUCCCUGCUUCUAUUCUUGGCAAGAGAAUGAGGAUUAAAACUGACGGCAAAAGAAUUUUCAAAGUUUUGCUUGAUCCUAAAGACAGAGAAAAGCUUGAAGAAAAAUUAGAUACCUUAUGUGCAGUUUAUAAUAAACUCACCAAUAAAGAGCUCGUUUUUGAGUUUCCUUUGAACAGAGAGUUUCCAGUUUAA